AAUGGAUUUUAUGAGUGGAGCACAACAGACGGUCAACGCUCAGCGCUUUUUAGCUGUUCCCGUUCAAAACGUUCAACACUUGACAGAAGUUGGGGAAAUGAAUGAAUUGGAUGAGCAGGGUUGGGCUCCUAUCCAUCAUGCUGCUUUUCGGGGCUUUAUUAAGUCCGUUGAAAGAUUUGUGAAAGCAUCUGAUGAUCAAUUAGAGCUAGAAACUGGUGAUGAAUUACAUUCAACGCCUUUACUGCUUGCAGUAAAAGGGGAUAAUUUGCAGACGAUUGAAUGGCUUGUCGAUUUUGGUGCAAAAAUCGAUGUCAUCGAUAGACACAAUCAUGGUGUAAUAGAAGUUUGCGCUUUAAAUGGCCAUAAAGGCAUUUUCGAGUUUUUCGCUUCCAAGAAUAAUCCUAAGUUACCUAGUUGGAAAAAAUUAGUACAAUUUUUGGACAGUUCAACCGAUGAAGAUGUUACUGCUGCAGCUAAAUUAUGUCACGUCUUACUUCAUGACAAUGAAAAAUAUUUAUACGAAAGCUUCACGAAUGGGAUUGUUCCAACAAUAGUUAGAGUUAUUAAAUCUGGGGUUGGUGACGAAUCAAAAGUUAAUACUUUUGAGACACUUUUGGAUAUUUCAUCGAAUGAUCAAGUUAGAGAACAGUUCGUCUCUUGCGGCGGUAUGGCAGCAUGUGUAAGAUUGUUAAAGGUAACACCGGAGACGACUUGUUUAGAUACGGUUAAGUUAGCAGCCAUGUCUGUUAAAUCAAUCUGCGAAGAUCCUAAACAUACAGGUGCCGCUGUUCAAGCCGGUUUCCUUCCGGCUAUUGUAAAAGUCCUUCAAUCGAAUAUCAGGGAGACUGACGUUCUUGCCGAAGCUAUUUUGAGCUUGGCAAAUGUCGUUGCUGGUAACGAUGCACACAGAACAGCAUUUAAUACCACUCCUAAUGGCAUACAAUCACUUGUCGAAUUGUUUCAAGGAGCUAGCGAUAAAGCUCUAUUACUUGCUCUCACAAAAUGUGUCGCCAGUGCAGCAAAAUUACAUGAUGAAAACCAGAGGGCGCUUGUCGACGGAGGAGUAGCUGCACAUGUUUCAACUUUGACCAAAACACGACACGCAGAUUUGCAAUUAAGUGCAGUGAAAGCUAUACAUCGUUUAGCAGAAGAGAACCCGGUUACCCAGAAAGCUAUAUUACCUACUGUUAAUCUUCCACUUAUGCAAAUGUUGAAAAAAUCUAGAUCACCAAUUCUCCAAGAAGAAACGGCUGUUGCCUUGUGGGCACUAGCCAGUGGGGAUCAUAGGGAAAGGAGAAACAUGGCAACUGACAUGGGUGUUUCAUUAUUUAUAGAAUUCUUGAGUAGUUUAUCCGAAAAUUUACACUACAUAGGUUCAGAAGGUUUAGGGGUUUUGGCUCAAGGACCAAAAUCUGAACAAACAGCCAUUGGCCGAGUAAAUGGUUUAAACCUAUUGGUUCGGCUACUUCGUUCUGACAAGGAACAUAUUGUACUCAGCGCAAUUCGAACUCUGCGACAUUUAUGCGUUGGAGUGGCUUUCGUACCCCAUAAACAAAAUCAAAUCAAAGUAUCACAAUCGAGGGGCAUACGUUAUCUCAUUGCCUUAAUGGUUCAUUCAAAAAAUGAGGUUAUACAAGUUGAAGCUGCUCAUGCUUUGGCAGGGGUAGCUUUAGGAAAUAACGAACUUCUAGAUGAGAUUCGAUCCAAUCCAGAUUUCAGCUAUGUUAGAAUCUUGAAAAUGAUGUACUCGCAUGAGGAAAUUGUCAGGCUAUUGGCGGGGAAUACUCUAGCGACAUUCUCUUUCAAUAAUAUUACUCAACAAAGGGCAAUUGCUGAAGAUGGUGGCGUUAGAUUUGCUUGCUUUGUGCCGUUUUUAGAGUCUUCAGAUGAAUUUUACAGAUGUAAUGCCGCCUUCCAAAUAGUAGUCUUAGCUAGAAUUAUACCAGAUGAGGAGCAAGCCCUCUCAUCAGCUGCCGGCAUAAAAUUAAUAACUGAUCUUAUAAAUGAAUCAAAAAGUGACCUAAUUCAAGCACUAGCCGCUGAUUGUGUAGCAAGAUUGUCUCAUACAAGAGCUGGCAUACCAGAUGCAUUCGUUUCAAUAGACACUGUGUUAUCGCUUUGUGAACUUUUAAAAUCCGAAACCGAUCAGGUAAAAGGAAGUGCUGCUAUUGCAUUAGGCUAUCUCUCCUUCAAUCACACUGGUAGACGACAAUUAUUAAAUGCUUGCCGCAAAGAACCAUAUUCAUUCAAAGUUAUUUUUUGGUACACUCGGCAUACAAAUGCCAAAUUAGCUCCAGCCUUUUUAGAAGCAUGGGACCAUUUUCGCCGAAUUGGUUUACCUCCAAUACAAAAAGGACAAGCGCUGGUAACAAAGAGAAUGUCGGAAAGUAUCGAUUUUGGAACAAGUCCUAGAGAUAGCCAACAGACCCUAACAGAUCACACGGGAGAAUCAUCCAUCCAGCCAACAUCUGAGUCAAAUACUGGUCAAAUGAGUAAUUAUUCCGCUUCCAAUCAAAGUUCUAGAAGGGUAUCGGUGUCUGUUCAAGAAACUUUGCCCCAGAUUGUUGCCAAUUCUCAAUAA